CAGAUCGUCGGGCUGGACAAGGUGAUAAUGAGCAACUGCGUCCGUGUCGAGGGGCUGCACGCCGCCAUAGACAUUGUCGGCACCGGCUGCAACGGCGCGGACACUGUCAACAUCUCCACCGGCUCCACCAUCCUCGCCGGCGCCAAGGUGGCCAAGCAAGGGAGCAUGGCGAGCUCGUCGGCCUGCGGCAGCGCCGAUGUGCUUGAGGUGUUGGGUGUCAACAUCGAGUUGGGACCCGAGUAUGUGUGCGUCGAUUUCUAAUACCAGCGAAUGCAAAUCAUACCGCAAGGGGUGCCUCCUGCUACUGGAGAUAGAUUGUGACUUGUCGGAUGCAACAGCCGUUAGUAUCAAGCAUCACUUGAUGUAUUCCUUGAGGAGUAAUCAGACUAUCAGAGGCACCUUUUGGCUGCUUUGACUUUUCUAUAUGUUUUUUUAGGGAACUUUUCUAUAUGUUAGUACUGCAAAGUAGCACGGGCAUUUUACCAACCACCGUGAUUUAGGCAAACAUACACCCCCUUUUCAAAGUUACUCACACAAUUGGUCCAACUGAGCAAAAACCAAGGUUGCAUGGUGCUACAUACUUUUCUUAACCACUCAAAAUACGCAAUGACACCCACUUUUGUGUCACAUAAACUACAUUCUAUGGAGUUGAUUGUUGGUCACAACCUUUUUUGCAAUAUUUAUUCCAGAUCUGGCAGCUUUGUGCAUUAUAUAGCUGCAUAGUCGACCAACAUGUCGCUUAUUUGCUUAUAGUAUUUAUUAUUCUUUCAGUCAUGCAUGGAAAGGUAUCUGUCCUUGAACUUCUUACCCUCACAUCUUAUAUUUCAGUCAUGUUUGUGCAUCUUAAGAAAACCUGGUGUGUUAAUUUUUGUUAUUCCCUUUUCUG